GAGUUGGUUUCUGCCGCUGAUCUUGAAGAGCAGGUCCAGUGUGGUUCAACUGACGAAGAUGGAAUAUGCCAUGAAGUCCCUCAGCCUGCUGAACCCCAAGUCCCUCUCCAGGUACGUGGCCGUGAGCGCCACCUCCGUGGUGACCCAGCAGCUGGUGGAGGCCGAGGCGCCCCGGGCCCGGCCCUGCAAGGUUAGCAGCGCCGACCGCAGCAUCCGCAAGGGCAUCAUGGCGCGCAGCCUGGACGAUCUCCUGGGCAAGGUCCGGGACACCGAGCUGCCCGCCAGCAAGCCCUUCUCCCUGGUCCUGGAGGAAGAUGGCACGACAGUGGAGACGGAGGAGUACUUCCAGGCACUGGCGGACGACACCGUCUUCAUGGUGCUCCAGAAGGGGCAGAAGUGGCAGCCGGCCUGGGAGCAGCAGGGAAGCAAGCACCAGCGGUCCCUGUCGCGGAAGCCUGCCCAGAAGAUCGACGUGGCCCGCGUGACCUUCGACCUGUACAAGAUGAGCCCCCAGGACUUCCUGGGCUGCCUGAACGUGAAGGCGACGCUCUACGGCACCUACUCCCUGUCCUACCACCUGGACUGCGCCGGGGCCAAGCGCCUCAUGAGGCAGACACUCCGCUGGGCCAUCUUCAGCAUGCAGGCCACAGGCCACAUGCUGCUCGGCACCUCCUGCUACAUGGAGCAAGUCCUGGAUGCCACGGAGGGCGGGCAGCUCCCCCAACCCAAGGCCUCCUCCCUCCUCCCCACGUGUCUGAAGAUGCUGCAGUGAGGCCUCGCGGGGGGCCCCUGCCCAGGCGGGAGCACCCACAGCCUGGCAGCUAGAGAGCCGCAGGCCUCGCCGUACCUCUUACUCCACAGGAACACGGGAGAGAAGCGGAGACGGGGGUGCCAGACCCCCACAGGGGGGCCGAAGGAGAACCCGGAGUUCUGGGUCUGACCUGGCACCUCCUGCCCAGGGAGCUUAGCGGGGCUGGAGCCCGCUGGAGGCCGCCGUGGGGUCUGACCCCGCUGCCCU